AUGGCACUCAAACUCUUCACUUCAAACACAGGCAGAGAGAAAGCUGCUAUAUUUGACGAUCCAACUUUUGCUCUUAUCUGCUACUAUUUUGCUAUGGAUCUUCGAAGCAGCAAAACGCAAGGUGGAAAAGGCCAGCAAAAUGGCAGCAAACCGAUGGAAAUGGUGCUCCCAAAAGAACUCCAGAAACAAGUCGAGGAGAUCACGAAAUCGAGUCGAGUCACGGAGGGCAUCAAGAAAGUAAUCAACGCUAUCACUCAAGAAUUACAGUCUCUUCGCCUUGAAAACCAAGGGCUCAGGCAAGAGUUGGAGAAUAUUCGCAACACAAUGCCCCGUGAAAUGUCGAUUUCCAAUAGCCAUAAUAACAGCGUAUCUGAAGUUCAGAGGCCAGCGACUUCUGGUCAUGUUCCUCCCACAAUUCCAUACUACACGAUGAUGUCACCAGUUCUUAUAUGGUUCGCCAUACGAUGGUCACAGCAGCUGAAAGUGACAAAGUUGAAGAUGCUCACCAAAUCUCAUUCAAAGGAAAACGAUAGCGUAGAAGAGCUCGCGGGCAAAGAGGCUGGUGUCACCCCUCCAGUUCACGAAGAAUUCGCGUAG